ACGCGAGAGGAUUUACUCGUCGUAUGACUUGAUAGUUUGCUAAUAGAAAUACAUUGCUAAACACGUGCGAUCUGGUAAUAUCUAGCGAUGAAACUACAAGGGCGAUCUACGUAAACACAGAACCGAUUUAAAUUAAUUACGAAAGAAGGUGUGGAAUCUAGCCGACUAAUCCGACCGGUUCGUUCGUUUCCCAACCUACAGUGGAACAUUUCGAUUAUAUGACAGUCCAGAGAACAGAUUUCCUCUCACGAUCAGUGAUGGAACACCGCUUGAUCAAGGAUUAUCGUUCGCUGAUCUUUCGAUCUCUUCUGGAUAAGAAAACCUCAACGGCUGAAAUUCAUUCAACAUUGCUGGUACAUUUUAACGACUCGUGAACGUUUGACGACGUUCGUGAACGUUUGGUGAAUUUUGAAGUGUUGUUAACGGAUACGAAGGAGGGGAUUUUGUUCGGGGGUUUCGAAAUUUCCAAGUUGGAGAUGUCGACGCCGGUAUAUCGCGACCAAUGGAACGUUCAGGCGUCAGAUAUCGCGAGAAGAACACACAACCCCAUAAGAUCCAUCGUGGAAUGUCUCGUGGUCGAGCCUAAUCCUGCUAAGUCCAUGAUCUCGUUAUCCAUCGGUGAUCCAACUACUUUUGGAAAUUUAAAACCACCCAAAGAAGUAAUUGAUGCUGUUCAACAAAGUCUCGUUUCUCAAUUGUACAAUGGAUACGCACCUAGCACAGGUCACCAAAGCGCAAGGGAAGCCGUAGCGGAAUAUAGUUCCAGCGAAUUCGUAAAAGUGGAUGCUAAGGAUGUAAUUUUAUGCAGCGGAUGCUCCUGCGCUCUCGACCUCUGUAUAACAGCGUUAGCACGAAGGGGGCAAAAUAUUCUGAUACCGCGACCCGGUUUCUCGAUCUAUCGAACACUUGCAGAAGGUCUUGGUAUCAACGUAAAAUCCUAUGAGUUACGCCCUGAACUCGGCUGGGAGAUCGAUCUGGACAACUUGGAAUCACAGAUCGACGAAUUCACCGCAGCGAUCAUUAUAAACAAUCCUUCGAACCCGUGCGGUUCCGUAUUUAGCAAGGAUCACACACUCGACAUUCUCGACGUAGCCGCUCGUUACUACAUACCAAUUAUUGCCGAUGAAAUUUACGAGCAUAUGGUGUUCCCAGGACGGACUUUCCAUUCGUUAGCAUCUUUGUCGAAGGAAGUUCCUAUUUUGUCAUGUAGCGGCCUGACGAAGAGAUUUUUAGUGCCCGGCUGGCGUAUGGGCUGGAUAAUCAUUCACGAUCGUCAAAACGUGCUGGAGAAGGAGAUAAGGAAAGCGCUUCGUUGUCUAAGUCAGAGAAUUAUCGGCAGCAACACGCUUAUUCAAGGUGCGUUGCCCGCUAUUCUGAAGAACACGCCACAGGAAUUUUACGAUGGCGUCGUUAGAAUGUUGCAUGAUCACUCGAAAACGGCGUACAACUGUGUGACGAAAAUCUCAGGGUUGAAACCAAUAAUGCCCGACGGAGCAAUGUACAUGAUGGUUUACAUAGAUCUACCUUGUUUUCCGGAAUUUAAUUCCGACCUCGAAUUCGUGCAACGAUUGCUAAUGGAGGAGUCUGUGUUUUGCCUUCCUGGCCAGUGCUUCGAUUAUCCGUCGUACAUGCGGCUGGUCAUCACGGUGCCCAUAGAUAUGUUGGAGGAGGCCUGUCAGAGAAUACAGGAAUUCUGCGAGAGGCAUCACUAUAAAACAGCCGAAGAUACGCAAAGAAGCAACUUAAUUGCUGCGGAAAUUCCAUAUUAAAGAGUAUACGUGAUUUAGUUAA